CAUUUUCGACGUUUCGUCCGUAACGAAACGCAGUCUCUUCGAAAAUGGCUUCGCUGGUAAAUGUUUUGUUGCGAAAAAGCGCAAAUUUAGGGAACACUAAAGCGUUAUUGGCAAAUUUACCGGCAGUUUAUAAUGUGAACUCUCAACGUAAAGCACAUAGAUGGAUGCCAGACGAGUUGUUCGUGAAGCAGUUCGAGGGGGCUGUUAUGUACCCUGAAGGAAUAACGGCCCUUAUGAAACAUCCACCCUAUAACAGUAUCGUACCCCCGUCGGAGAAGCAGGUCCGUAACAUGAUCCUCAACUUUGGACCACAGCACCCUGCUGCUCACGGAGUGUUACGACUUGUUUUGGAGCUCGAGGGUGAGAUGGUACGUGGUGCCGACCCACACAUUGGACUCCUCCACCGAGGCACAGAAAAACUAAUAGAGUACAAGACCUACACACAAGCGUUACCGUACUUUGAUCGACUUGACUACGUGUCUAUGAUGUGCAAUGAACAAUGCUACAGUUUGGCCGUGGAGAAACUAUUAAACAUUGACAUACCAAUCAGAGCUAAGUAUAUUAGAACACUCUUCGCCGAAAUCACCCGUCUGCUAAAUCACAUCAUGGCCGUGGGUACCCAUGCUCUCGACGUGGGAGCCCUGACACCAUUCUUCUGGCUGUUCGAGGAGCGUGAGAAAAUGAUGGAGUUCUAUGAGAGAGUCAGCGGUGCUCGAAUGCAUGCGGCCUACAUUCGUCCUGGCGGUGUUGCUUUGGACAUGCCGCUCGGUCUGAUGGACGAUAUUUACGAGUUUUCUAGCAAAUUCUCCGAGAGAUUGGACGAAGUAGAAGACGUGCUAACUACCAACCGUAUCUGGGUGCAAAGAACUCGUGAUGUGGGCGUGGUCACCGCGCAGGACGCGCUCAACUACGGGUUCAGCGGUGUAAUGCUUCGUGGUUCAGGCAUCAAGUGGGACCUGCGUAAGAGCCAGCCCUACGACGCGUACCACCUGGUGGACUUCGAUGUGCCCAUCGGGACCAACGGAGACUGCUACGACAGGUACCUGAUCCGCAUGGAGGAGAUGAGGCAGAGUCUCCGCAUCAUCGACCAGUGCCUCAACCAGAUGCCUGCCGGGGAGAUCAAGACCGAUGACGCCAAGCUGACGCCACCUUCAAGAGAGGAGAUGAAGACGUCGAUGGAGGCUCUGAUCCACCACUUCAAGCUGUUCACGCAGGGCUACGCAGUGCCGCCCGGAGCCACCUAUACCGCUGUGGAAGCCCCCAAGGGCGAGUUCGGAGUCUACCUCGUCUCCGACGGCGGCUCCAAGCCCUACCGCUGCAAGAUCAAGGCGCCCGGCUUCGCUCACCUGGCGGCGCUGGAGAAGAUCGGCAAGCACUCCAUGCUGGCCGACAUCGUGGCCAUCAUCGGGACCCUCGACGUGGUCUUCGGGGAGAUCGACCGGUAGACCGGCAGAUCCCGGCGGGGAUGUCUGAUCUACACGAAACCUAAGUGUCUAAGCUUUUGUCAUUUACGAAAAUGUGGAGAGGAGAUCAGAUAAGGAGAAAGAAAUGUACAUUUUAAGUUAGGCAGUAAUUAUUAGUGUAUCGGAAGUCUUUCUUAUCUUCUAAAUUAUAAUUCUACCAGAAUCAGAUUGUAAUAUAUAUGUAUAUUAAUAUCAUGCAAUAGUGUUUCCUGAAUCAGCAAUAAAAUACAGUGAAUUUGCUCGUU